CGUUUGUUGAGAAAAAUGACUAUUUAAGGAAGUUAUUAUUAAGAAAAAACAUCACAAACAAAUUCCAGCCAAUAGGAUACCACAUGUUCUUGACCAAAGUGUUACAGUAUCACUGAUGCAUGUAAGUAAAAACUCAAAGGCAGAACUCUUCACAGCAGGGCAGGACAUCUUAACAUAAAGAACAACUUCGUUACAGUAUAUUAAAUCAGAACAGACUGAAAACAAAUGGCCAGUAUGGUGAAAUUUAGGACGCUGGCGACCGAUGGUGCGGAGCUGAAUAUCUAUGCCAGUGUAGAUGAUAUAAACAGUCACAAUGUCUGUAGAAGAACAGACGACUCGGACAACACGAGAAACCAAACAUCUCAACAUAGAGGAAGUGAGAAUGUGAGAAAAAGAAGUUACAGAUCAGUUUCAGUGUGUUUGGUGCUGCUGUGUGUUCUUCUACUGACUGCAGUCAUAGUGCUGUGUGUCCUCAUCAAUACAAACAAUCAACAGUUUAACAUCAAGACCAAAAACAUCACAGAAGAGAGAGACCAGCUACUAACCAAAUAUACCAACAUCACAGAAGAGAGAGACCAGCUACUAACCAAAUAUACCAACAUCACAGAAGAGAGAGACCAGCUACUAACCAAAUAUACCAACAUCACAGAAGAGAGAGACCAGCUACUAACCAAAUAUACCAACAUCACAAAUGAGAGAGAGGAGAUACUAUUAAGGUUAAAAAACUUGACAACAGAAAAUGAGGGAUUAUUAACUAACCUUAAUAACCAAAGAGAUCAGUUAACUCAGCAGAAAAAUACAAUGAUGGGGAUUCUAAAAGCAGAUGGAUGGAAAGAAUAUCAAUUCAGUUUGUACUUCAUUUCAUCUGAGAAGAAGAGCUGGAGUGAGAGCAGAAGAUACUGUACACAGAAAGGAGCAGAUCUGAUCAUUAUUAACAACAGACAGGAACAAGAUUUCAUUAGGACCAUUUCCAGUUUAGAAUAUUUCUGGAUUGGUUUGACUGACAGUGCUGUAGAGGGCAGAUGGAAAUGGGUUGAUGGCAGCACACUGACCACUAGCUUCUGGGCCUAUAGGGAACCCAAUGGUGGGAGAAGAGACAACUGUGCUUUUUCUUAUUCAUCAGGGUGGUAUGAUUUUUCAUGUAAUGCUCCUCAAAAAUGGAUUUGUGAGAAAAACAUUUUAAAAUGAGCUGCUAAUAAUGUGAAAAAAGUUUUUUUGUGUUUUUUACACAUCUAAUAUUUAUAACAUUUUUGGUUUUAAUAUUUCUCUGUAGUAAAUCUGUUCAGUAAACAUAAUUGCUUGUAUGUAAUAACAUUUUUUGUUUUAUGAUGUCGCAGCAUCCUAAUAGCUUAUUUGUCUCAAUUUUAUCAUUUAAAAAUGAGUGGAUUCAGCAGUCUCAGAUAACAUCCAACUUUUUUAAAGUUAAAGUUUUAUAUAUUUCUGUGAUUUUAAGUGCGUGUUUCACCUCAAGGGCCUUUAACACCAUAACACCUUUCAUCAAUAGGUUGUUGAGGUCCUGAUUGAUCCAUACAUUUAUAAACAUGAAAAUUGUUAUCAUUGUAAUCAUGUACAUGUGAUAUCAUUUGUUGUACAUUAUUGUUUUAUUCCUAAUAAACAGAGAGCACAUAUACGUUUUUACACUUUUAUGAAUCUUAUGUUUGUUCUGUAACAUCUUUUAACAGCUUUCACUUAUAGGUCACAUGGUCUUUGACUACACUUGUCACACAGUCAUGUGUUGCUUUCACUUGUGCUAAAGAAACAACUUUCAAACCAAACAGAAAUACAUAAGAACAACAAACUUUUCUUAAGUAUUUUUGGCACUAAUUUAGCUCCAUAAUGGCACCACUGUGUAACACGAAAGGAAACCGGCUCGAUGCGAACACUAUAGAAUCUAAUGAACGUGUUAGGUGUCGCCCAGCCAGCAGCUCUACAGAUGUCUGUCAGCGAGGAACCACAAGCUAAUGCCCAAGAUGAUGCAACACUUCUCGAAGAGUGAGCCUUUAAAUUAAUAAUAAUAAGCAAGGGCUAUGGUGUCCACAAUCCAGUGGGACAUCCUCUGCUUGGUGACAGCUUUCCCUUUCUGCUGACCACCGUAACAGACAAAGAACUGAUCCGAGGUC